AUGAAGAACAGAUUCGACUCUGGCGCAGUCGCUCGUUUUAUCAGAGUUUCCGAAGACAAUGGCACUGCCACUGCCGAUCCUACGUUUAUCUCUGCUAUCUCUAGUGCUUGCAGUUGUCAGGUUCUGACUCCGCUCACCACUACUGCGACCUGCACCGAGGGUGUUUCGGUGAGUUCAUCAAGUAUCGGGUCAAUGACGUUUCAACUAACUAUUCUANNGACUUUCACUAGAAGUGCUUAUGCCAACACAAUUCAGACCGUGAACACCACAAUCACGAGCGGGACUGUUACAGCAACUAUCACUGCUGCUGUCGAAGUCUCAUCGGAAGUUGUGGUGCCAUCAAGCCCUUCCAAAGUUGGUCAAGUGCCGUCAGCAGACGUGGCAUCAUCGACCAGCGUCUCUAGCACUGCAGCUUCGCCUACCCCAACCUCCCCUGCCAUUGUCUGCCCUGACGAUAACAACAUCAUCGAUAGCCAGCUUAUCGACGGACAACUUUUCCAGUACCUUGUGCAGUGCGAUACAGAUAUCACCGAUGACAACUUGGCCCAAUACCGCUACGAGACCUUCACCGAGUGCGCAGCCGCAUGUGGUAGCGCUAACUAUGGCUUUAGCUCGGCCGUCUGCCAGGGUGCUGUUUUCUACCCUGGUGCAACCGCAGGCUCAAACUGUUUCUUGAAGAAAUCCGCCAACUCAACUGUAGUCGCUGGAGGCAUCAACGCGGUCAUUCUUCAGAGAAUUGAAGUCGCGGUCACGGAUUCCACCACCCCCAGCCCAGUAUACCUUCCCUCAUCGACUACUUCCAGUGUUGACACUUCCUCGAUACUCUCUUCUAUCCUCCAGAACAGUACUACCUCUAUUCCUAUCAUCACGCCUGCUGCAGUACACAACGCAAGACUGGCUACGUCUUACUCAACCUAUGUUUCUGGAGGAAGUACAUACUCAUCUGCGCUGGUUUAUUCUACCUACGCCUCUAGCAACGGCUCCUGGUACGAAUCCUACUAUACCACUUACACCGUCGCUUGGGCGGCAUCUUCCACUCAAGAGGUGUCUUAUGCGACUUCUUCCUCGUCAAACAGCGGCGUUAAUGGUGGAUCUGCUGGAGGCGCGAACGGUGGAGAUUCCACUGCUGGAUCUUCCGGCUCUUCUGGCAAUUCGACCGGAGUUGGUGGUGCUGCUGGUGGUUCGGGUGCUGGUGGAUCUAGCUCCAGUGGUUACACCAUUACCACGACUGUCUACAACAACACCGAGACCAACGGAAACCAAGAGAUUCGCAACGAAACUAUUGUGACCACCUACACCUGGUCGAACGGCACUACUUCGUCUUCAUCUACUACCACGAUCACAGACACAAUCAUCGGCUCUUCGUCGGGAGGCACUUCCGGAAGCUCCUCUGGCGAGACGGGUGGUACAUCUGGAUCAUCUGGUGGUUCCGCAGGUGGAUCGGCUGGCAACUCAACUGGCGCAACUGGAGGCUCCAAUGGAGGUGCGAACGGAGGUGCGAAUGGAGGAGUGAACGGUGGCGGCAACGGAGGUGUCAUUACAAAUGGCACAAUCAUUGUCACCAACUCCACCACAGUCACCAACAACACCAUCUCCGUCAACGGAACAACUGGUGGUGCCAACGGCGGCAGCAAUGGCGGAUCUGGAGGUGGUGCUGCCGGAAAUGUCAGCACCGAUGUCAUCGUCUCUACGAUCUUCUCAACCGAAGUGUCGACCGUCUACAUCACUGCUUCAACUCCGUUCACAGCGUCCAUUCCGGAGGCUGGCCGGUCAGGCUCUGACUCGCCUCCAACUUCGACCCCCUUCCCAACUCUCACACCCUCGUUCCCAAUCAACGGCACAAUCCCGACUAGCAUUCCUCUGUACAACAGCUCUAGUGGGGCAUACCUUCCGCCCUACGCGACUGGCGGUGUGCCUUUGCCACCAGCAAAUGCCACUACUUCANNGGGGGGAGAUCGUUCGGGCACCGCANNACUCCCCCUGACUACUCCAUAUGGCUUCUCCAAUGCUUCGACUCCUGUUGGGCCUACUGGUACCGCACCAAACUCGUUCUUAGGCUCCAUUCCCAGCGGUGAUCGCACUGGAAGCUUGGCAUCUCCUACUGGUACCCCAGGUGUGAACACAACCUCGGCGGCACCAUCUGCUAGCUUCCCCUUCCCUAGCAGUAACUUCACACUGGCCAGCCCCUCUGGUACUGCUCCUUCCGCCAGCUUCCCUUUCCCCACUGCAAACUCGUCCUUCCCUCUGCCUACAGAAACCGCACCAUCUGCCAGCUUCCCGUUCCCGACCGGCAACUCCUCGGUGAUAAUUGGUCCAAUUGGUACUGGUCCCUCAUCUGGCUUCCCCUUCCCUACUGCCAACUCUACAAUCCCGCUCGGCACCGAUGCCCCUCGCUCGGGCACUCUUACACCGUCUGGACCUAGUGCUACAUUCCCUUCGGCCACCAACGGCACCUGUACCGAUAUGCCACCUGUGACUGUGACCAUGUUCUCUACUAUCACGGAAGCAGCCACUACUGUGUAUGCGACAACCACGUUGUUGGGCUGCUAUUCCAACUGCCCGCCUGCAGGCCAGGGGUUCUAUGGACCAUUUGGCGGCUUCCCUAACCCUACGACUCCUGCCACUACCUCCGCUACCUGA